CAAAACAGCUAAGUUUGUUUCUGUGUGGAGGACAUUGUCUUACGAACAUAGUGUUACUGUGAAGAUAUGGUCAGCAAAGAACCUAACCAUAUACUGGCUCCAAGUAUCAGCUUAAACCAGGAAAAAAACAUGACUGUGAGAUCAGUGCUGCUCAACAGGGACUCCCCGGACAUCGAGACGCGGCUCAAGCGCAGGCGCAAUCGCACACAGCAGGUGCGCUUCAAGGACCAGGUGGACGGGGCCGAGGAAAGCCCCAGGCCUGAACCCAGCAAGAACAUUGGCUUCAACAACACCGGGCCGGCUGUCACUGUGGAACCGGACCAGGGCCCAAGCAGCAAGCCUGAGCCGGGCCCUAAGAGUCUUGCAGAGAACAGCAGGCAGCAGCAGGUUGUGUCUGCCAAUGGGGGUGCAGUGGGAGCUGUGGCAUCAGUGCUGGCCAAAGGGGGCCCCAGGAAGCCCUGGAGCCAACCCAGGCCAUCCUCGCUGACCCUGCCUAACCCCAGGAAGUGCUGCAUGAGCACUGCCAUCCAGACUUCCCCCAGCCUGCAGAAACAGUUCCCCAUGUUCAGGUUUCGAAGCAAAAGCGUGGGGGACUUUGGGGAAACAGAAAACCCCAAAGCGGAGCCAGAGGAAGGGACCCUGUUUGCAAACAAUGAGGUGCAGCACAUGCCGGGCAAGCAAUGCUGUCAGGGGGAGGGAGCUAUGAGGUACUGGGAGACAGCAGUGGAGGAGCCUCUGAAAGCUGCCCAAGUCAAUUGCACUGGAUCCUGCAACUGCCUACCCAGGAACCAGGACGUUCCGCCCCAAAAAUGGAAUUCUGGAAGCCGGAGAAAUAGAACCCUGCAAGGCCAGGAAGGGCUCAGGUGUUCAGUGCCAUGGGGCAGGCCUGCUCCAGUCCCCCAGGCCUGUGACGGUUCUGCCUCCUCUCAGUGCGAUAAUGUUGCCCAGAAUGUGCUGUGGAGUGAGCAGUGCCUCUGUGACGGGAAGCAGACUCCGCAGAGUUCCGACUCAGCUUGGUUUUGUCACAGUAGAAGCUCUUCAAAGAAAAGGAACUGCUGCAAAGGCUCCUGUUCUGCACCACAAAAUGUGAUCGUGCCACAAUCAGGGCACCAUGAUGAAGCCAGUGCUGCAGUGAAUAAGACACAGAUCCCAACCCAACAGUACCAAAGAUAUCUGGUGGACAAAGAAGGACAGAGAGACCUUGGACAAUCUCUUCCUUGCAAUUCAGCACCACCUCCCAAAGCAUCGCAGGAUCAAAGGUGCAAGGAACAGAGAAAUUCCUGCACUCCAGUUCCUACCCUGCCAGUUUCUAAACCCUCCAUGCAAACCUGGGGCUGUUCUGGGGGGCAGAGUAAAGGGUCUAAAUGUGAUCUGAACUGCCGUAAUUGUCAUCUCACUAACAAGGUCCUAAUCCACCACACGUUGCCCCGAAGUCAAGUUUCUGAACCCCAGAAUGUAGUUCGACACAGCGGAGAAGGCUUAGCGGACUUGCCUAAGGUGGUCGAACACAGAUCAGUAAAAGCAGAGCAGUUGAAUCCAACAUCUGAGUCAAUGAAGGCUCCAGACGCAAACAGGUCUGAAUCAGAGCAGUGCAGAGAGAGAGUAUAUAAGACAUCUCUAUUGAACUCCGACGAGGGCCCCAGUCCUGGCCAGAACCAACAUUCGGAAGCAACGGACAGGACUGUUUUUUACACUGAACCCCCAGCUAAUUCUCAUGGAAAACCCAAGCCACCAGAACCAGCCAGCGAAGAAAGCCAGCCGCAAACCCUUCAGGGCAAAGCAGAGCUUUCAGAUCGAACUAUACAGACUGUGGACCGGGCAGGGGGGAUUCCCCUGACGGCCAGCCAGUCAGAAACCCUCAAGCAGGUCCAUGAGCUGCUGGAGCUGGUGGCCGAGGCCAAGGGGCAAAUUGAUUUGGCCAAGAUGAGGGGGGGCCUGCUGUCACAGGGAGGUCAGAAAGAGGGCAGGCCUCUCACAGGCAACAUGGAGCCGGGCUCGAUUCAGCCAACGCAGUACGAAAUCAGCAACCUGCAGUCCCGGCUGCAAAGCAUGGAGGACGUCCUGGAGACCAGUCAGCAGACCAUCAAGGUCCUCCUGGAUGUGAUUCAGGACUUGGAGAAAAAAGAAGCAAUAAGGGAUGGGAGGCAUUCAUACAGGACUGGGCAGGACAUUGAAAACUGUGGCACCUGCAGGGACUGUGCCUGCAUCAUAUACAGAAUGAGUGAAUCAUUAUUAACGGGCUCAUCUCCUGUCCUUCUUAGUCUGCGACAGCAAAACACACAGGAUCGGAUGAUGCUGAAAAAAUCCAACAUUUGUCGCAUGGUUGCAAGCGAGUGAAGCACGAUAGAGCACGUUUUUGAGGAACUUUUAAUAGAAGAAGUUCAUAAACAUGAGCAACAGAAGAGGAUUUUAAACA